UAUCGCGAUAUCUAUACCAUGCUUGUACAGUAGGAAUCCGGGCCUCCGACCUCAAUCAGAUGCCAGCACCUCCCAGACCCCGCCGACUGCUGCGGAAUUCGAGGGCAUGUGAUUUUUGCCAUAAACGCCGGAUCAAAUGCCAGGAGAAUCUGCUAGACCCGAGUCGCUGUCAAAACUGUGUCGAAUUCGACAUCUCAUGCACCUAUCUCCGGCCCUUGAGGCGUGGCCGAGGCUCUCCAAAGAACGCGGCAGGACCAGGUGAUCGUUCAGAUGCUGGCCAAAAUAUCGCCAGCAACGCUCGACGGGUUCAUCCUGAAGAGCUUGGUGCGCUUCCAUCGACUACGCAGCCACCCCAGGUCGGCGAUGACCAGCCUCUAGACUUGGCCGACGCAAGCAGUUCCGCUGCAAGUGAGCGUCGGAGUGAGCCUCUGAGCCCAGCAUGGCAAGGCUUUGCCCGAACUUCCACCUCAGCCAUCAAGAAGCUGCUUUCUGUCUACCACAAGACCGUUUACCCGAUUUUUCCCUAUUUUGACCCCGUCAGGCUCGAGCAGAGGCUUGAAAUGCUGGAACACUGUCGCAGCCGUGCAUUCUUCUGUUCUGUGAUGGCGGCUUGUGCGCUUGCUUCAGCUCGAGUGAGGGACGGUGCGCCAAGUGGUGGCCAGGAUGUGGUGGGAAUAAUACCAGCACAAAUGUUCUUUGCCGCCGCAGAAGAAGCACUUCCCAAAGACCUUCUUCAAUCUCAGGACUUUGACUACCUUAGAGGCAUUGCGCUGUUGGCGCUCGCAAGCCUCCAAGACGCCAGGAUCGGCGCAAUGCAGAUGUACAUCGGCCACUAUUUCACCAUGCUUGCCAUCAACCAGUGGCACGACGAAUCCAACUGGCCGACUGGAUUACAUCCCACGGAGAGGGAAGAGCGUCGUAGAUUGUAUUGGUCGUUCUACACGCUCGAUAUCUACUCGUCCAUCGUCUGGGAUGGCUGCAUCCAUUUUCAAGAAAGCCAUGCGAAAGUCGAGUAUCCUACUGGCAGGAACUGUAACGAAGCUGAAAGCGCGCCUUUGGAGAGAGCACAUUGGAUAGUCGGGUGGAACUUUACCACGGAUCUAUACCGUAUCUUGGAGCAUAACUUGAGCAGGUUGCGAACUCGGUCGUCAAGAUUCCACUUGGUGGCAGGGGAAUCUGUAUCGACCCCAACCCUCAACGUGUCCAGCCAGGAUCGCGUCAACGAGCUGUACUUGGCCUUGCCGCCCAUUUUCAAGCAGCUCCAACCGGCUACUGGCGAUCCAGCCCAAGAUGUCUAUGGAUUUCAAGCCGCCAACAUCCAAGCGACCAUGGCUCUCCUGAAGAUGAUCUCCCUUUCGCUUGAGUCUGACCCUGAUGCGGAAAGGAAGUGCUCCGUCGUAAGUGACAUAUUGGCGACUUUCCACCAAGUACCCAAACCACACCUGAGAGCAAUUAGCGCGCCUUUGAUAUACCACAUUGGCGGGAUCGGCACCAUUCUGGGGUCGGUCAUGGAAGGACCGCUAUCAGAAAGCUCAUGCUGCGUCGUACGGGACCUGCUCCUCUCCAUGGCCGUGCUGCUGGAAAGUUUGGAAGCGUGCCUUCACCGAAGUGGCGGGGCUGGACAGAGGCUUCGAAGUCUUGUUGCGCGCAUUGAAGAGUACAUAGUCUCCCGAGGUGGUGGGCGAGCCAUCCAAGCACAACAGGCCGCGGAUAUCCCUGCUUCCGCUUUUCGAGAGGGCACAUCGAACAACAACAAGAGUAGCAGUUGGGACGGGGCGGCACUCCCAGACUUAUCGGGCCAAUUCCAACUUCCUGACGAGCUGCUGCAAGACUGGACUUGGCCGUUUGCCAUGUCAAACAGUUAUUUGUCUUUCUGAGCAUGUUCAUUGAAACGGCUUCCGGCAACAGGUGUGUAGUGGGCGUCAAGGGGGAGGGGGGAUGCAAAGAUGUCUGACAACUAGAAGAUUUUUCUUAUUUUUUUUUGUUUCCUAUUAACAUUUACCACUUAUUAUUAAACACUUUACCAUCCACGUAGUUCACCAUCUCCUUCACGUGAUCCAGCUUUGCCCGUCCCGCACCGAACAACAUGCCUUUCGUCAUCACCGUCCGGUAGUUCUCUCCCGGGUUCACUUUGCCAAGGACAUAGGGCCGGCGCGUCUCAACCCUGUCUGGGACGGGGAUGCUUCGUCCAACAAUAGCCUCCAUACCCUGCCACGCGAACGUGACCGCCUCCUUAGCACCACCCGGAAUACCGGCAGCGUCCAGCAUGAACAUCUUGACCUGCGGGAACUGCUCCUUCAUGUAGUCGGUAAUGUUAGGGUUGUAUGCGCCACCGCCGCACAUGAAGACCUCGUCAACUGGGCGGUCCUUGGGCGCAUAGCGGCGCCAGUGAUCCACGAUGGCUUGGGAAGUGAUUCUGGUGACGGUAGCAACAACGUCAUCCGCCGACAUACCCAGCUCGGCACCCUCCUUGAUCAGGUCGUCGGCCAGAGUAUCGCGGAAGACCUCACGGCCGGUUGUCUUGGGCGGGUCCC